AUGACAUCUCCUCCUGAGAGCCAUAGAAAUUUCCAUCCACACGGCAGCCGAUCAGAGAUCCUGCUCCUACCACCACGCAGUGAAAUUAUGACUUCUCACCCAUGGACAGCAAUGUACCUUAUCUCACCACCCCUUCCGCGCGGAGUCUCUGCCGUCCAGUUUAACAUCACGAGCCACGACCAAGGAUGGUGCAGCGAUAGAAGCCAGGGCAUCUGGUCAUGGUUCGAUGUGUCCAUCUUGUGCUCUGAGCGAGAUGGUGAUGUUGACGAUACUUCCUCCUUCCUCUCUGACUUGUCGGAUAAUCCUUCAUCAUAUCUCAAGCCUAAACCCGAAGAUUUCCGCCAAGUUUUGCAGGACCAGGGCUUGCAUUUCAAGGACAUCCCCAAAGAAGGAAACCCAGACCCAGACCCAGCCAGGCCGGGGGCCAUUGCGAAGCGAGUGGCUUCGAAUAAGAUCCAAAGGUCCUGGCAACAACAUGUUGUAUUUUGGAGAGUGGAAGAUGGUGGUGAGGAAGCUGAGUUCCUGUCCUGUCUUGAAGAAGGGGAUCGGUUGGUCGUUUGGGCUCGCACACAGUUUCCUGGAUGGAUUAAUUGUGUGAAAGAUGUGGAAAUAAAGGUCUCGGUUGAUGAGAUGGCUCUUGAUACCCUUCCUGCUAGCGGUGAUGGUUCUGAAACGCGUCAAGAGGACACAGUCGAUGGCGUUUUGUGA